GUCAGAAACACGUGUGUGAGGCCCGUAGCGUGACGUCAGCGCCCAGUCUUUUAACCAAUCAGAAAUCAGAUCCAAAAAAUGUUUAGUGGAAGUAUUUGAGCGGCAUUUUCAUGAAGCGCAUUUAGUGCAGCAGGAAACAUCUGGGACUAAAAGCAGGACCUGGAGGAGACCUGAGACCCAUCAUCAUCAUCAUCAUCAUCAUCAUCAUCAUCAUCAGCAGCAGCAGCAUCUUUAUGCCUCAGGUCAUCCGUGGUGCCGUGGAGCAGAGAGGUGAGGCUAGAGAGGAGAGGGAUGCUCUCAUCACAAAGGAAGCAGGAUUGUUUCUGGCCAAAAGUCACCGGAACAGAACUGCUGCUCCUCUGCUGCUCCUCCGCUGCUCCUCCGCUGCUCCUCCGCUGCUCCUCUGAACGCAUCAGCUGACCCAUCAGAGGGAGAACCAGAAGGAGGACUUUCUGCGUUUCUUACUGAUCUUCAUUAUGGAGGAGAAUGUUCUGCCAGGAACGCAGCGCCCAAAGAACCCCGGAGAGGAGCCGAACCGGGCCAGAGGGCCCCUCCUGCAGCAGCCGGGGAACCAGCAGUCCAGCGGGGUCACCAACUUCUUCAUCGACAACAUCCUGAGGCCGGACUUCGGCCUGCGGAGGAAGGACGGCGGCUGCGGCCGGGGAGGGCCCGGAGCGGAGGCACGGAGGAAAGCCUCCAGAAGUGACUCUAAGCGCGGGGGGACAGCGGGACAGGAGCCCCUCAGGGGCCCCGCGGAGGCUGAGGCGAGGGACCCCGAACUGAUGACAGCCUACGAUUCAGGCCCCGACAGCGGAGAGGCCCCGGCGGCCCCUGCAGCCAGGCCGAUGCUGUGGCCGGCCUGGGUUUAUUGCACCCGCUACUCCGACAGGCCCUCAGCAGGGCCCCGGUCCCGCAGAGCCCGCAGGGCCCCGGGCCCCAGCAGGGACGACAAGCGGCCCCGAACCGCCUUCAGCUCGGAGCAGCUGCAGCGGCUGAAGGCCGAGUUCCAGAACAACCGGUACCUGACGGAGCAGCGGCGGCAGAACCUGGCCCAGGAUCUGGGUCUGAACGAGUCCCAGAUCAAGAUCUGGUUCCAGAACAAACGGGCCAAGAUCAAGAAGGCCUCCGGGAAGCCGAACUCUCUGGCCCAGCACCUGAUGGCGCAGGGCCUGUACAACCACUCCGCCUGCAGGGAGGCCCGCUCCGACAGCGACUGAGGGCCGCACCAGAACCGGCACCAGGACCGGCACCAGAACCCCUGAUCCGGACCCGGGAGCGGCAAACAGCGGAUUCAGAGCCGAACCUUAAACGAUCCACAUGGUUCUGUUUCUACAAUCCGGUCCAGUCCGGUCCGGUCCGGCAGGGGGGCUUCCAGAACCAGAUCUAUGCUGAAACCCAAAGAGAACUUCUCGCCAUCUUCUGGGUUCUGCUUGAUGGGAUCCGAGGUCCGGUUCGGUUUUGGGCCCAAAGGUUCUGUUAUUUCCUGAACACUGACCGAACCUCUCUGGGACCAGGAUUAUGGACCGAACCGAGCGCGCGGCCUUAUCCCGGGUUGGACCAUUUAUUCUCUUAUUUAUAUCAACCAGUCCAGUUUACAGAACCAACCGACAUGUUCGGCGGGUCCAGAUUCUGGGUCCGAACCGGAUGUGGGCCUUUUGAUGCAGUUUUUAUUGUUUCCAAAUAAAGAUGUGAAAUUUC